CAACAUAGCAGCAAUGUACCUAAGAUUCAACGUGUCAAGUGUUGUGAAGGCCGGGAGGUAAACAGCGCUGUUUGGCGUCAACUUACUAAGUUUAUUCUUCCUCUCAACUAAUAUCUGCGUUAACCAAAAAGUAUGGGAAAUAAGAAAUAAGUGGCGCAGACGUGUCAGUAGUAGUGCCAUGGGGAGCAAGGCGCACUACAAUCUUCGUAGCCCUGCUGUAAAGAGACUGAUGAGAGAAGCGGCAGAACUAUGUCAACCAACUGAUCAGUACUUUGCACAGCCACUUGAGGAUAACAUAUUUGAAUGGCACUUUACUGUACGUGGACCUCCAGACACUGACUUUGCAGAGGGGCGAUAUCAUGGAAGAAUUCUUCUGCCACCUGAGUACCCAAUGAAACCACCAAGUAUUAUGCUGUUGACACCAAAUGGAAGAUUUGAAAUUGGAAAGAAAAUUUGUCUUAGCAUGUCUGCCCAUCAUCCAGAGACCUGGCAGCCAUCAUGGAGUAUCCGUACUGUGUUGCUUGCCAUUAUUGGAUUCAUGCCCUCAAAAGGUGAAGGAGCAAUUGGAGCAUUGGAAUACAGAAGUGAGGAAAGGAAAAGACUGGCAAAAAAGUCUUUUACUUGGGUUUGUUCUUCAUGUGGCUCAGACAAUGCGAAGAGCUUAGUAGAAAGUAACAAAAGGAAUGGCGACGCGGAGGAUGAAGCAAUUGCAAGCCAGAUCAACUUUGUCAGCCCACCAGAGGAAACAGCCUCGACAGCUGGCAAAAACAAAGCACAGAAAAAAAGCGAUGAAGAAAAUAGUCACAUUGAUGCAUCAUCGUCUUCAAACGAUUUUGCCAAGGAAGGUAAUGAAAAAGAGCCUACCAUCAGUAAUGGUGUUGAUUUAACAGCUGGGAAUGAAACGAAUAAAGAGUUUGUGCCGUCAGAUACUUUAGAAGAUGAUGUCGAUCCGCCACUAGAAAUGCUUCAAAAAGAUGGUGAUGAUGAGCCAGGAACACAAGAAGCGGUUCGACGAAGGAUUAAUAAACUUCCCAAGGUCGAAAAUUCUCCUGAAGUGGAUGCCAAAAAUAGAAGUAGCACAAAUAACAAAGAGCGUGGUGGAACUUGCAUCGUGGCUCUAAUAUGGAUUAUAAUUCUGCUUUUAGUUAUCUUGAUUUUUAGGAGGUUAUGCAUGGAUAUCCUAGUUAUCGAUGGAAAGUAGUGCACCAGGGUAUGUUCGGGCCUUGCAUGUCAAACAUUUAGACAGGAGCUGCCGACCAUGGGAGGGAAUUGUGUUGAUUUGGUGGUUCGGUGACAAAUAAAUACAAUCUUAUAAUAUAAUAAUGCCAUCAAAUAAAAGUUUUCGUUUUAAAAUUGGUAAAUUUGAAAUUUCAAGUGUAUAGUUUUAUUUGAAUUGCUAUGGUCAUCAAGCAAUAAAAUUUUCCUUUCCUUUAAAUGUUGAAACCCGUAGCUUAUAUUUAGUAAUGUUUUUGUUUCACUCAAAAAGGAUUGUUUUAUGUAGUCGACUGUUAAAAGAAGUUCGACACUUCUUACGUCCAAAAGGGACUUAUUAAGCUUCUUCGCAUAAAGUUUAAUAUCAAGGUAGGCUAGUACUAAAUAAAAAUUCAUAAUCAUAGAUCUUGGUGUUUUAAUAUCCGUAUAAAAAUAUUUAUUGUGAAUUCUGGUACAAUGUAUACAUAGACUUUCAUGAUUCUAUUACACAAUUUUAAAAAUAUUAUUCUAAACGUCAUUAACAAAAA